AAAUGUCCAGAGCGAAUUGCCGAAGAGCGCAGACUCUUGCCAGCCUUUUAGCUUUCAUUAUUGUAGCCUUAUUAUCAUAUGCAAAUGCACAAGAGCGCGUCCGCGCGGGGAGAGCCUUGUUUCGCGGGCUACAGGAGCGAGACGUUGUGGAGCGGAUAGUGAAAGAGGGCUCAGCGUCCAAGCACUUAUACUGCAAGCUCUCAGGGGGCUGCUCUCAGUGUCAGGAGGAUGAAGAGAUUGAGCGCUACUGCGCGGACACGGGCUUCAAAGAGCUGCUGCAGUGCACCACCAACUCGGAGCACGCCACGGACUGGCCGGUCACACUAACCUACCCCUACCCGCCCGACGUGCACAUCGACGCUGACUUGGACGAAGCCGUCUCGGCCUCGACCUCAUCCGGCUCGGACUCGGAGGGCGGCAGCGGUUCCGGCUCCCGCGGCAGCCACUCUGGGCGCCACGAGUCCUUCCGGGUGGUGCGUAGCUGCACGGAGAAGACGGUGGCGGCGCAUCAGCAGGCGCUGGCGGACGAGGUGGCGGCUGCGGACCGGGGGCCGCACAGCCACGGGCAGAUGGGGAUGUUCAAUUUCGAGCUGGUCAUGGUGCUGCUGCUGGGGCUGGCGCUGCCCGUGGUGUACUGGCGCAAGAUACGCAUCCGCCACCUGUGAGCGUUGCACAGUGCUUGAUUGGGCGUGUGGUUUGGCAAAUGUUGCUGGACUCUGCCGGUCAUGUGUAGGUACAGAGGAGGUGUGCAUUAAGGAACGUGAUGGAGGUGAGCUAGGUUAGCAGACGGAAGGCGCACGACUACGGUACAGGACCCAUUAAGACCCGGACCGGCUUGCGGCUCCGCGGGAGCCCCAUGCCAUCAUGGUGGGCCAUAGAGUCAUAGACCCAUAGAGACAUCACAGGGGGGGGGGCUCGAGAUGGGCGCAGGGCUUGCACCUUCCAGGGGUGGGCCGCCGCCGGAGGCGAGAAGGGCCCAAACCACGUUCUCGCCCACGGCAUCCGGGGGCCCCCAAAUGCCUAGUUUGUAGCGUUUGGGGGGGAAGGGCGCAGCCGCUGCUGCAAGGAUGAAUACGGUAUCCGAUGAAGUCGAACAUAGGCGGGGGAGUGGGGGGAGUGGACUGACACAUUAGAACAAAGGCUGAACCCCAACACUAU